AUGGGCCGUUCGAUUUCGUUCGUCUGUAUACUCGCCGUCCUCACUGUCCACCUCCUCAGCGCCCACCUCUCAUAUGCUCAUGAUUUGAAGGAGGGACCACCACAAAAGUGCAGUAAGCUACUGACACGCAAAGAAUGGCGAACGUUGACGCAUAGCGAGAAAGCUCAGUGGGUGCGAGCUGUCAAGUGCCUGGCAAGCAUACGACACGAACGGCUAUCUUUGACGCCGGACCAGACGGUGCUUGAGGGGAAGAGGAGCCUGUACGAUGACUUCUCUUACUCGCACGCAGCAGUGGAGCACAGCGCGCAUAGGAAUGCCUACUUUUUGCCGUGGCGUGCGUUUCCCUCCCUCCUUGCGUUUCAGGGUUAUACUUACAUGAGCGCAGACCGCUGGUUCACCUACCUAUUCGACACCUCCCUCCGCCACACUUGCGGGUAUAGCGGGCCAACCCCAUACUGGGACUGGUCACGCGAUCAUGCAGACCUAUUCGGCUCGCCAGUGUUCGAGGACUCCGCAGAGUAUGGGCUGGGUGGAACGGGGGACUGCGAUUCCUCCCCCGAGGCGGACUGUACCGUCACCACCGGCGCUUUUGCAAACUUUGAGCUUGCCUGGCCAAUCCCACACCCGCUGCGGAGAAACCUGACGCUUAUCACCGGCUGGUUCGCCCAUGAGCUGCCUCAAAAUCGUACCCUCGGCCCGGACUUCGUGCGCAACUCGACCGAGCAAACCACGGGCGACUUCUUCAAAUUCCAGCACGCAAUGGCACUACUGCACAAUCACGUUCACAAUUUCGUUGGGGGCGACUUGGCAGGAGAUUGCCCGAAGGCCCUAUCGCAGGAGGAUUGCCAGGGCAUGGCAAUCAGCUUCACGCCUAAUGACCCGCUCUUUUGGCUGCAUCAUGCACAACUGGACCGGUUGUGGAGUGAAUGGCAGCGCCACCACCAAUCCAACUUCGCCGCCUUUUCCGGCGUACCCCUCACCCCGCACAAUAUGAGCGACCCACGCUACGACCUUGACGCUCACGCAGAUCAUCAGCUACCCUUCGACGUUCUGAGUGUGCCUGUGACGCCGAGGAGUGUGUUUGAUACCGAGGGUUGGCCGUUGUGUUAUCGGUAUACGGACGAGUGA